AUGUUAACUGAAGUGAACAUUAACUCAGGUGUGGAUAUAACAUUCAGUAUAGCAUUCAAUGAUGUAGAUGCUCAAAAAGGUAGCCAAGGGCAGUUUCCACUGACGCAGAAUGUUACAGUUGUUGAAGGAGGAACGGCCAAUUUGACUUGCAGGGUUGAUCAAAAUGAUAACACUUCCCUCCAGUGGUCAAAUCCAGCUCAACAGACUCUCUAUUUUGAUGACAAGAAAGCCCUGAGGGACAACAGAAUUGAGCUGGUUAGAGCUUCAUGGCAUGAACUGAGCAUCAGCGUCAGUGAUGUAUCUCUGUCAGAUGAAGGGCAGUACACCUGUUCUUUAUUUACAAUGCCUGUCAAAACUUCCAAGGCUUUUCUUACUGUUUUGGGUGUUCCUGAGAAGCCACAAAUUACUGGAUUUGCUUCACCAGUUAUGGAAGGAGAGAGGAUGCAGUUAACCUGCAAGACAUCUGGCAGUAAACCAGCAGCUGAUAUUAGAUGGUUUAAGAAUGAUAAAGAAGUUAAAGAUGCAAAAUAUUUAAAAGAAGAGGAUGCUAAUCGUAAAACAUUCACUGUUAGCAGCACACUGGAUUUCCGAGUAGAUCGCAAUGAUGAUGGUGCAGUUGUAAGUUGCAGAGUAGACCACGAGUCCCUGAACUCUACACCUCAGAUAGCAAUGCAGGUUCUAGAAAUACAUUAUACACCUUCUGUUAAAAUCAUAUCUUCCAAUUCAUGGCCUGAAGAAGGACAAACUAUAAUUUUGACUUGUGAAUCCAAAGGAAAACCAGUGCCAGAACCAGUAUUGUGGACAAAGGAUGGAGGAGAGCUACCAGAUCCAGAACGAAUGGUUGUCAGUGGUAGGGAUCUAAGCAUUAGUUUCCUAAACAAAACGGACAAUGGUACAUAUCGAUGUGAAGCAACAAACCCUAUUGGCCAAAACAGCACAGAGUAUGUCCUGAUUGUACAUGAUGUUUCCAACACUUUGCUUCCCAUCACUGUCAUCCCCUCCCUUACCACUGCAACAGUCACAACCACUGUAGCCUUAACAACCAGCACAGCCCCAUCGGCAACAGCCAUCAGCACCAGAGAUCCUAAUGCUUUGACUGGACAGCCUGUACCUGAUCACGCUCUUAUAGGAGGAAUAGUUGCUGUAGUUGUCUUUGUAACGCUAUGUUCUAUAAUUCUACUUGGUCGAUAUCUGGCAAGACAUAAAGGAACAUAUUUAACAAAUGAAGCUAAAGGAGCUGAAGAUGCACCUGAUGCCGACACAGCCAUUAUCAAUGCAGAAGGCAGCCAAGUCAAUGCAGAGGAGAAAAAGGAGUAUUUCAUUUAGAUGAAGUCCUAGAAUCUCUGAGUUUUACUUAUCAGGCUGACUGCUGGAGAAAACUGGCUAUCAUCUUUCAGAAUUCAUUUCUACCAUCUUCUGCUACCUUUAUUAACUUCCAUUCUGCUAUAAGUAGCCAGUUUAUGCCAACAAUCAGCUCUUGACAACAUCAUUUUUUAAUUAAAGUUCCAUCCAUAAAGCAGGACAUUUCUUAUUGCCUAAAAUUCAUAGCCAUUGCUCUCUUAACAUACAGUGCUUGAAUAUACAGCCUUAACAAUGUUAAUCA